CUACAUCUGCAGGCAAGGAAAGCUCUACGUGCAUUGAAAGGUCUGGUAAAACUGCAAGCAUUGGUGAGAGGCCACCUGGUGAGGAAGCAAGCUACAGCUACUCUCCGCAGCAUGCAAGCACUGGUGACUGCUCAAGCCCGAGCAUGUGCCCAGAGGAUCCGAAUGGUUGAAGAGUCCCAAGCCAUCUCACAAAGGCAGUCUGUAUACAGGAGAUCACCACAGCGUCGCAGAUCCCGACAUUCAUAUGACAUGGAUAGAAGUGCAGAGGGGAAUGUCGAAAUUGGGGAAAUGGAUCUUCGUGAGUCGAGGGGCAGUACAGAGAACAGGAACAGUUAUUCCAUCACAAACACUGAAAUAAAGGAUCGCAGACUCUCUAUAUAUUAUGGCAAUGCUUGUCUGCCUCUCAGGGCAGACCAAUACCAGCAGAUAUCAUCUGCUCGAUCAGCAAUUACUUUUACGAGCCCAAGGGCUUAUGGUGGGCAUUUUGAGGAGUUCUCAUUCACCACAGCACAAACCAGUCCUCAACACUUGUCAGCUGUGUCUCUAACUGAUGCAACACAAACUUCUUUCGACUACCACUUUUACCCCAAUUACAUGGCCAACACAGAGUCAUCAAGGGCAAAGGCACGGUCACAGAGCACACCAAGGCAACGAACUGAUUCAUAUGAAAGGCAAACAAGCACGCAGAGGCCAUCAGUGGAAGGAAGGAACAUUCCUAGAGGUGUAAAGAUGCAACGAUCUUCUUCCCAUGUGGGUUUGACAGCAAAUGGGUAUCAGUAUCCAUGGUCAAUCAAACUUGAUAGGUCCAGCAUGUCCCUCAAAGACAGUGAAUGUGUUCAGCAAGCAUCACGCUUACGAACACCAACUAUUGCAGAUCUUUGGUAGGAUUUGAGGUACAAUUUGUCAAUCCUUAAAUACAACUCUUGCUUAUGUGUACUGAAUACUUGAUUACUUCUUCGAGGAGGAGUUGCUGACUGAAAAUGCCAUGCUCUGUGUGAUUCCAGGUUCCCAAAAAUAAGUACUGACUCUUAUCUCAACUGUCUACUGCCAUUUGGAACAUGUAACACUGCUGAAGGUAAACGUAAACAGACAGGCCAUGUCAAGCUUCUGAAGAAGGGAAUCUGCAGAUAUGUACCGAAGCACAAUCUGCUGAGACCUAGGAAUACAUUUUUCCCCCUCUGCAUGUAAGCUAUGAUCCCAAGUUUUCUAAUACCUUGUUCUAGUUUGGGCUAUUUCAGUUUAUUUUUCA